GUAAUGGUGUGGUAUUAAAUUCUAAUUAGAGAUGCAGGAAUCAAUGAUAGGGAGGUUGGACAGCUCAGUUCCCCAGUGCCAGCCCAAUAGACGGAUGAGUUAUUGUCAUGUAAAAAGCGCCAGCAAUAAGACCAACCGCUUUGCUAUUGUCCAAGUGGAAAGAGCCAAGUUUAUUAUGAGGACUAUAUGCUCUAGAGACCUCAGACAAGGCAUCUCAUAGGAGGCUUUUUCAUAAAACUAGGCUCUGCUGGUAGUAAGGAGGCCAGUUUGGAGGCAGGCGUUGAGCUGUGCACAUCUCCCCACUCCAGCCACCUUCUCCAUACCCAUCUUUUAUUUCAUUUUUCCACUUGGCUGAGCCAUCCAGAGCCUUUUCAAUGUAUAAAAUGGAAUAUUCUUACCUCAAUUCCUCUGCCUACGAGUCCUGUAUGGCUGGGAUGGACACCUCGAGCCUGGCUUCAGCCUAUGCUGACUUCAGUUCCUGCAGCCAGGCCAGUGGCUUCCAGUAUAACCCGAUAAGGACCACUUUUGGGGCCACGUCCGGCUGCCCGUCCCUCACGCCGGGAUCCUGCAGCCUCGGCACCCUCAGGGACCACCAGAGCAGUCCGUACGCCGCAGUUCCUUACAAACUCUUCACCGACCACGGCGGCCUCAACGAAAAGCGCAAGCAGCGGCGCAUCCGCACCACUUUCACUAGCGCGCAGCUCAAAGAGCUGGAGAGGGUCUUCGCAGAGACGCACUACCCUGACAUCUACACCCGGGAGGAGCUGGCUCUGAAGAUCGACCUCACCGAGGCGCGAGUCCAGGUGUGGUUCCAGAACCGCCGCGCCAAGUUCCGCAAGCAGGAGCGGGCAGCAGCGGCCGCCGCGGCCGCGGCCAAGAACGGCUCUUCGGGAAAGAAGUCCGAUUCGUCCCGGGACGACGAGAGCAAAGAGGCCAAGAGUACCGACCCGGACAGCACUGGGGGCCCCGGCCCCAACCCCAACCCCACUCCCAGCUGCGGGGCGAGUGGAGGCGGCGGCGGCGGGCCCAGCCCGGCAGGAGCCCCGGGGGCUGCGGGGCCCGGGGGCCCGGGAGGUGAACCCGGCAAGGGAGGCGCGGCGGCGGCGGCGGCGGCUGCGGCGGCGGCUGCUGCGGCUGCGGCGGCGGCAGCGGCCGGGGGUCUGGCUGCAGCCGGGGGCCCUGGACAAGGCUGGGCUCCCGGCCCCGGGCCCAUCACCUCCAUCCCGGAUUCUCUCGGGGGCCCCUUCGCCAGUGUCCUAUCUUCGCUCCAAAGACCCAACGGUGCCAAAGCCGCCUUAGUGAAGAGCAGUAUGUUCUGAUCUGCGAUCCUGCGGCAGCGGCAGCGGCGGCGGCGGCGGCGGCGGCGGCGGGCGAGCCGGGUCCGGGCGGGCGAGCGGGCGAGCGGGUAGGCCCAAGCCUAUUGUCGUUGCUGCUGCCGCGGCUUUUCACCGAGAACCCGAAGUUAUCGCGAUAAGAAUAAAGAGAAAAUGGCGCCCCCAUUUCAACCCCACUCCUCCCCCUAUCGUGAACCCCCAAACGAAACAAAACUCAAAACUUCCCUGGCUUGGCACCUGCCUCGGGGCCGCGCAGACCGGCCAGGGCUCAGCCUGCUGACCGGGGGGGUGUGUGCAGCGCGGCCCGGACUCGGGGGCACUCUCAGGGGGGCUGUGUCUGCGUGUCGGUAUAUGUCUGUCUCGGGGAAUGUGUGUCUGUGGCCCGAGCAGGUGACAGGGAGAGAUGGGGGGGGGGGGGCGCGCAACCGACUCAGCGACUUGUUUAGGAAAAGAAAAAAGUAAACAAUCCCCUCAACUUAAAAAAAAAAAAAUUUAGUAAGGCAGAGAUCACUUUAAAAACAAGCAAACAACCCGGAAAGGCUUUUAAAUCCAAGGGAAAACAAGUAAGGUGGGGAAGAAGAGAGGCUGAAACUAGCACCGUCUGAGGGCUCUAUCUUGUGAACCCCCAAAUUUGCGCCCUCCUGACAGCACAGACUCCCUUGGGGCUCCUCCUCAAGGGAAAGUAAGGGUGCCUUCCAGCCCCCCUUCCCCUCGUGUCCUUGGGUUCGGGUUGCUGAGGCGACGACUCGUGCAGACUGUCCCCGCGGCCAAGGUGACUUCCUCGCUCCCACCUGCCUGUCCCACCUCGCCAACACCAUCCUGCCAUUAGCGCAUCCGAACCCCACACAGUUGCAACUCCCAACCCCGAAUCUUUGCAGCCACUCAGCCCUGAAAGAUGCCCUAUACAUGAGAUGCCUUUUCAUCUGCAAACUCUGCGAACGGUCUCCUAUUUCGCAAUUCUUCCCUUUUUUUUUUUCUCUUCUGUCACACCCCUCCCACCGGCAUUUUCUUCUUCCACCAGCUUUUACCGAACUUUUUGGCACUGCUUUGGAUUAGAGUCAAUUGCAGUCCACGCAACUGGCUGCAGAGAAACCUACCGAGCAAAGAAAGGCGUGCACACAAGUUUGCAGAAGUGUCUCGGUUUGCAUUUCUGUUUGAUAGGAAAUGGACUCACAUCCUGUAUGGUGGAUGGACUGUAUAUUGAUGAUUCCAUUCUUCAAGCAGAUUAGACAUCUCUGUUGGAAUUUGUUUUUUGUUUUUGUUUUUGUUUUUAUUUUUAUUUUAAAAGGCACAAACUAUAGAUAUUAGUUGAAUGUUGAGGCUUUAACUUUUUCCGUGUCUUUCUACAACUGUGUUCUGUGACUCAAUUGUAUCGUGUUAAUAUCAGUACAGACCGUCUCCUCUACGUGACCGUAUAAUGUUUUUCUCUUCUUGUAGUCUCUAUGGCGUGUCUUUAUGGAGUAAUAAGGUUCUCACGGGUUCAAUUCCUUUGUGUUUAGAGAGACCAAGGUUCAGACAAUGGUAUAUAUUUUUGUUAUCAGGUGCAUGUCUGUCUGAUUUCUUUUUUCUUCUUGUUGGACUAUGUUUGUGAACAUAAGCGUCAUAAGUUAUGUUUCAGAUUUUCAAAUUUAUUUAUAUGUGUUAUAAUGAAUGCUUCUAUUUAAAAGGGAAAUAUUUCUACAUGUGCAUAUAGUUUUCCAAGAGUGUACCAUUAACUUGAUUGUUGAUAAUAAAAACAAAAAGCAAGUCUAGCAAUUGAA